AUGGCGGAUCAAAUCAACAUGAAUGGUCUCAACCUCAACGGCGGUGAACCUCGCUCAUAUAUUCCUCCUCACAUGCGAGGCAAGAUGGGUGGCCCAGCUCCAGUUGGUCCACCACCAAACUUGAAUGGCGGUGCUUGGGCUCCUCAAGGCAAUGACUACGUUAAUGGUCCCCGCCCUACUGGAGGCGAGUCUUGGGCAAAUGCUCCCGAUUUCACUCCACGCGGCAACAGUGCUCCACGAGGUGGAAACAACUGGAAUACAGCUUCACCUCCAUCUUUCAACAAGAACGCUUAUGGUAACCCUGCCGCUGUAUCAAACGGUGCCGGUGGUCCUGGUGGUCCUGGCGGUGCCGGUGGUGGUGGCGGCGGCGGUGGUGGUGGUGGUGGUGGCCAAGCUCGUGGUGGUGGAGACGGACAGUGGCGAGAUGGGAAACAUAUCGCCGGUCCUGUCAACACUCGUUUAGAACGUGAGCUUUUUGGUCUCCCAGAUGAUCCAAGCAAGCAACAAACAGGUAUCAACUUCGAGAAGUACGACGAAAUUCCAGUUGAAGCAUCCGGUCAAGAUGUUCCAGAGCCAGUCCUCAGAUUCACCAACCCUCCUCUCGAUGACCAUCUUAUCAAGAACAUCGAGUUGGCACAUUACAAGGUCCCAACUCCAGUUCAAAAAUACUCUAUCCCAAUUGUCAUGGGUGGUCGUGACUUGAUGGCAUGUGCUCAAACUGGUUCCGGAAAGACUGGUGGUUUCUUGUUCCCCAUUUUGUCUCAAGCAUUCCAAACUGGUCCAUCUGCUGUUCCAGCCAAUGCUGCAGGAAGUUUCGGACGCACUCGCAAGGCAUACCCAACUUCUUUAAUCCUCGCUCCAACUCGUGAGCUGGUUUCCCAAAUUUAUGACGAGUCUCGCAAAUUCGCCUACAGAUCCUGGGUCCGUCCUUGUGUCGUCUAUGGUGGUGCCGACAUUGGCUCUCAACUCCGUCAAAUGGAACGUGGCUGUGAUCUCCUCGUUGCUACUCCAGGUCGUCUUGUCGAUUUGAUUGAGCGUGGCCGUAUUUCCCUCCAAAACAUCAAGUACUUGGUUCUCGACGAGGCUGAUCGUAUGUUGGACAUGGGUUUCGAGCCACAGAUCCGACGAAUUGUUGAGGGUGAGGAUAUGCCAGGUGUUCAAGGCCGUCAAACCCUCAUGUUUUCAGCCACCUUCCCGCGCGACAUUCAAAUGCUCGCUCGUGAUUUCCUGAAGGAUUACGUUUUCUUGUCUGUUGGUCGUGUUGGUUCUACUUCUGAGAACAUCACCCAAAAGGUUGAAUACGUUGAGGAUGUUGACAAGCGUUCCGUUCUCUUGGACAUUCUUCACACCCACGGUGCUGGGCUUACACUCAUCUUCGUUGAAACUAAGCGCAUGGCCGAUUCUUUGUCAGACUUCUUGAUCAACCAGAACUUCCCUGCCACAUCCAUUCACGGUGAUCGCACUCAACGUGAGCGUGAACGUGCUCUUGAGAUGUUCAGAAACGCCCGUUGCCCAAUUCUAGUUGCCACUGCUGUUGCCGCUCGUGGUCUUGAUAUCCCUAACGUUACCCACGUUGUCAAUUACGAUCUUCCCACCGAUAUCGAUGAUUAUGUUCAUCGAAUCGGUCGUACAGGUCGUGCUGGUAACACUGGUAUCUCCACCGCAUUCUUCAACCGUGGAAACCGUGGUGUUGUCCGCGACCUCCUCGAACUUUUGAAGGAGGCCAACCAAGAGGUACCAGCUUUUCUCGAAAACAUUGCCCGUGAAGGUGCAGGUUUCGGAGGUGGUGGUGGCCGAGGUGCUCGUUCAGGUGGUGGCGGACGCGGUCGUGGUGGCGGAGCCAACCGUGAUUUCCGUAAGUUUGGUGGAGGUGGUGGUGGUGGAUUCAGUGGAGGUGGAGGUGGUGGAUUCAACAGUGGACCACCAGCCUCUUACGGUGGCGGUGGCGGUGGUGGAUUCGGUGGCCCUCCUCCUCCUGCUGCAUAUGGUCCUCCUCCAACUUAUAAUGGUGGUGGUGGCGGCUAUGGCAACCCAUCUGCUGGAUCUGGCCAAUCGUGGUGGUAA